GUUAUUUUCUGGCUUUGUUUUUUUCAUUUUCCUGAUUUAAAAGCUUUCAGUUGUACUAGUAUGCUUACAAAUUGCCAAAGAUCUCAAUUGUUCUAAUUGCUCACCUACACAGCUAGAAAAGUCAAACUGAUGUCUCAUUGCUAUCAAACAACAUAUUUAAGUGUGGGUAAGUAAGAGCUGUAGGGAAGACGAAUAAAGAACUCCAGUUUCUUUUCCAGUUUCGCGGGGAAAGGAAGGCAGGCUUUGUUGGGAAUGAACCAGUUUUUCUGGAGUUGAUGAGAAUGUUGUUGGGAAUAAACCCAUUAGAUACAGUCACCUCCAAUCCAUCCCUGGCUUGUUUGCAGGUGGGAUACGAAGUCCCAUCAACUCUUGCUGCUGAAAGAGAAAAAUCAUACACAUUCUCCUUCCUUGAUACAUUGUAAAUUCUCAGAAAACAAACAAACAAACAAACAAACAAAACCCACCAACCCUGUCAGCUUUCAAAAAAUGCUUAGAUAGCAUAGUCAAAUUAUUCAUUUCCAGCAUUGGAGAAGUCUUAUGUUUAUGAAAUCACUUGCACACCUGAAUCUGCAUUCAAAGAUCCUGCCCCUGAUGCUACUAGCAAAUGAGAAUACUAUCACACCCUUGAUUCUGUUCAUGAUACAGCUCCACAGCAUCCUAAGCUGACCUAAGGUGCAGUGCAAUAUUGCUGCCAGCCAGAUGUGCUUCCUUGUGUCCUUCUUUGUUGCUGGUUCAGGAAGCCAACCAGAUGAAAACCACUUAAAGGGAAAAUUUCAGAUUCUUUUGCCAGACCAGUUCCCUGAACUGACUCUCUACCUGAUCACAACUGUUGGUUCCUCUGCCUGGCAGAGAACAAGACCACAUGGCCAGAACACUGGACUACCCCAAUCUGCAUUUAGACUGUUCUUAGCAGCAUUAUAUCAUAUAUAUGCUCAAUCCAGGUUCGAUCAAGUAAAUCUGCAUACUAAAACCAGUCCAGCUUCAAAGGCACGAAGAUUUUGAUAAACUUAUUUCCUCAGAGGGGAAGUCGCUACAAUGAAAGGCAAGAAAUAAAGUUCUAAAAGGAUCAGUCUUUUAUUUAGAUGUACAUUAAUGACCUUAGCACAGAAAACAGCAAUACAUUAAUGAAAGCUGCAGAUGAAAGAGACUUGUAUAAAUCAAAAACAUACCAUCAUACAAAAGUAAUUUUGAAGAAGGCAAGAAUAAAUAUAGGAUGACAUUUAGCUACACAAAAUGCAAGGUUACAUGCUCAGAGAUGACUAUUAAUUAUUUAUAACAUAAGGUGUGAUCCCUUAGAAGCAGGGGAUGAAAAAGCCAUGAGGUCAGUAAUGGACUACAAAAUGACCACAAGCCACCAACAGGAUACAGUUGUGAAAGACAGAUUCAGUAACAUAAUGGUAAAAGCAGGAGGUACAAGUAAACAUUAAUGCUAUUCUACAAGCUGCUAGUCAAUUUCUCCUCCUUGUUCUUUUUUGAAUUUUUUAAAGUUUUGUCUGUGUUCAAAUAAGAGCAACACCAAGGUGAAACGCUGAAUUUCAUGGCUUGGCACUGAGCCAGUCAUUAGGAAAAAAAAAAGUGACCCCAAUUUGUCCACUGCCUUUUGAUGCCAUUUCUUCUACCGUAACUGCAAUGAGUCCCCAGUUAAAGUGAACACAACAAUGUGCUUUGCCAUGACCAGUCUGGCAAGCAGUGUGUGGUAACAAGCACCUCAGUCCCUAGUGAAAGCUGUUCUUCCUGCAGGUGGUAGAGAUUGGAGAAAAUACAGGAGUAAUACUGACAUACCCGGAGUAGGAAACAAGGUCAUCACCUGCACUAACAGAUGAACAAGCAUUAAAGAGAAAAUUACUUCGUACUGCCAUGCAAUCUUGUUUAGCUUUCCAAAGAAAUCGGUUUGCCAAAAGUCACAGAUGAACUGCGAACUACUACUUUUUUCUGUCAGAAAAGCAUCCAUCACUAACUAAACCAAACUCCAACCUCCACCUCCUUCACAGCAAGGAAGAUGUGAACGAUUUUUAAAUAUUAAGGGGGUGGGAAUCAGUGUGUUUUUGCAUCCAUCAUUCCCUGCAUAAAUUCAACGAGCACUUGCGAACAUUUUGGUUUAAGAGAGACAUAUGGACUUGAAACCUCAGAUAACCAAAUCUAACGAUGAACGACUCUCCUCCAAAAUACAGAUAUAUAAAUAUACAUACACCCGCAGUCAUAUAUAAGCACACAUAUAAAUCCAGCAGUCCCUUGUUAGCAUUUGUUCAGAAAAAGGGGGACUCAUCUUUGUUUAACGGCCCCACAGCUCCGAGCCCGCCGGCCCAGAGCGAGGAGCGCAGGCCUCCAGCCGCCACGUCCCUCAGCCGUGCCGGCCCAAGGCACGCCGCCUGCCACGCCCUCGGCCCCUGCCAAGCCCUCGGUUCCGUCCUGCCCAGCCCAGCCCAGCCCGGCCCGGCCCGGCCCCGCUCCCUCCGUGUCUCCUCUGGGGCCACCCGGACGUCACUCCAUGACGCCUACGGAAGCACCGCGGUCCCAACGCCGGGGUCCUUCCUCCAGCGCGGAACAGUCAGGCGCGAUCCAGGCAACUCAGGAUGCGGACAGGGCAGCGAAGGCCCCCUGAGCCGGUGGUUGACGUGUCGGUGGGAGCGGCGGCGGCGCCCGGGAGCAUCAUGUAAGUCGAAAGUCACCUUUAAAGUGACGCUCACCUCGGACCCGCGGCUGCCCUACAAAGUGUUAAGUGUGCCUGAAGGUACACCUUUCACAGCUGUCUUGAAAUUCGCUGCAGAAGAAUUCAAAGUUCCUGCCGCAACAAGUGCCAUUAUAACAAAUGAUGGUAUAGGAAUAAACCCUGCACAGACAGCAGGAAACGUAUUUCUAAAGCAUGGUUCAGAUCUACGACUUAUUCCCAGAGAUCGAGUUGGGAGUUCUUAACAUCUCCUGAAAGCUUUGAAAUAGGUGACAUUGCCAUUCAGCAAAGAUCUAUUUAUUUUGGAAUUCCAAAAUGCAACUAAUGAAUCGGCCUUUUUUAAAGCUAGCAAAAAUGACUUCCCAGGAUUUGAUUUUGAUAUUCUUUUUUGGAACAGAGAUAAGGUUGGAUUUUCGUGUUAAAAUAUAUUAACUCAUGCACUGAUUCUUCACUGACUGGUAGAAGAAUGGGCUGAUUGCAUGUUAUGUUCCUGAAAGAAAGAUGGACUUCUCUAUGGGUGUUACUGACACCACAAGGGUAAACACACAGCCAUGAUCAGUAGUUAUUUAAAAUAUUGGAUAUUACAGAGCCUACUUUGUGGAAGGGGGAACUGUGUUACAAUUUUGCUACCAAGAAAUUGUUCCUACUGAGUGCUAUUUUUUUUUCUUUUCCCUUUCCUUUUUCUUAAAACUUACUUCCGUGUUUAGGGGAACGGUUUUCACAUGUUUCAAGUAUUAAGUUCAAAUAGAAGCGAAAUUUCAGGGGUUUAUUACUCAAUAACUGCCAAAUAUUCCAAAGUAAUUGUAAGAUUUAAUUGCUGCAAUUAUUUUAAAUAAAGGAGAAAACAGAGGUUUCUUUGUGUUAAAACAUAAUUUGCCAUACUAUGAAGUUAAAUUAAAUGCAGUUUCAGAAUAUGUAUGAGACCUCACAUGAAGUGCCAUCAAUUGAGAAGGAUUGCAGCGUAAUGUGUAGGUACUGAUCAAAUAUAUCAUUCCUUUUUCAGUAAACUAAUGUUGGUUGUUUUUAAAUGUCUUGUUUUGUUACUGUGUGUUACAUGGGAAACAGUAUAGAAUUCACUGAAACGUUUGUGUUGAGAAUAUAUGCUUUUUGUUCAUAAAAUGCCAUGGGUAAACUAUCAGUUGUUUAUUUUAAUUAAAGAAAUUGCUGCUUUUCUUGAACUGGUAAUCUACUUUGUGACUUAAUCUAUUUGGCAAAAUCUUACCCUCUUGCAUUUUUUUUCUGUCCUACUGAGUUUAACAGAAGGAAUAAUGGGCAAUGUAGUGCUUGGUUAAAUUAGUAUUGUCACAAAUGCAACUGUCCUGUGCAAUAAUUGUGCUCUAGAAAGAUGUUCAGAUAAUGUAUCAGAUAGUGCAGAAGUACAAAAUGCCUGUCUGAGUGGGUAUAAAUCAAGCGUAUAGAGGAAAACUCUUCGGAAAGUGGUAUAUAACUAUAAAUAUUUUCCAACUCUAAGGCGAAUUGUAAAAUUCUGGAUUUUCCUUUAUUUCAAUAAAGUUAUGUCAUAAAGGUACAAA